AUGGUGAAUUUCGUUCUGUCAUCGGCGUUGAUUCUUGCCGUCUGCCAAGUUGUUCAAGGCGCCUCAAACUGCAUUGAAUUACUAAGCGAAAACAGCUUCGCGCUUUUUUGUCCCUCCUACUCUGGGUCCCUUCCCCCGGAAAUUCCGUCUGGCAAGCAGUACUCUAAGCUGCAGAUAGAAUCAGCCAACUUCCCGUAUGGGGGCUCAGUUCUGUCAAAAGAAAACUUUACCGGGCUCGAAGGUCUCACGUACCUACGCAUCACAUCUUCCGGCAUCGACAGAAUCACCCCCGAUGCAUUUUUCAAUUUGAAACAUCUUAACCACCUUGACUUAUCGAGAAAUCGUCUAACCUUCAUCGAACCUGGCACAUUUCGAGGGUUGAAGCUAAAGAAACUAAUCCUCUCCGGCAAUCUUGGCCUACAACUUCCGAGUGCCGCACUCUCCGGAGCAAAAAUAUUUAACUUUGUAGCCAAAGACUGCGCUAUUCAUUCCAUUUCCUAUUCAUUGUUCAAACAAACUGGUACGCGCCACAUUAGUCUCGUGAACAACAGAAUCCGCACCCUAUCUGAUGAGUUCUCCUCGUUGAUCUUGCCGUCAGACGGUAGUUGGGGCUCAAUUGACCUGUCUAACAACAGUCUAGUCUGCGAUUGUGCCCUGCUGUGGCUAGCCCAACUAAUCGACAGGCAACGAAGGUACAUGGACGAAACCUCGGAACCCUCUGGUUCAGGUCCCUUCAGGUAUCCACGACAAGUUGACGAACCGGAAUUAUUUAAGCCGAUGUAUCAGUUAAAUCUCACUUGUUCAGCACCUAAACACCUUGUGCAUCACCGUUUCCCUCUUCCGAGUGAGUUUGAUUGCCCUCCACCUCAAAUAACUGGAAUUGAUAUUGUGAUAUUGGGAAAAAAUAUGGAGACGGUGCAGCUGACAUGUCACGCUCGGGGGCGCCCGACACCUAACGUGGCCUGGGCUUUUAAACAACACGACCAGGAAGUCCAUCGGAUAGUCAAGUCCCCCAAAAAAUUGACUCCCUGGAAUCGUGAUCAGCUGUCAGGUGUAUAUAUUGGGCUAAAUGUUAGUCUGCGGGAAUUUCAGGCCAGGGAUUUCUCGUGUAUCACCUGGAGUGACUCAGGACUGAGCCGACCAACGCAGGUUCCCAACUCUCAGGAUAACUGGCUUAGUGUAAGUACAGGUUCCGCGUCCUCCAUUGUUCCACGAGGUCCCCUUUCCCCAGAUAAAGCACAUCGAGUUGGGAUUCGUUUGAGUGGCUUAAAACUGGAGGACCAAGAUAAGUUUCAUGGACUGCUUACGGAACCAUCAGCAAACGACUCGGUAGCUGCUGUGAACGGCGAACCACCAAAAAUGAAUGUAACCUUGUUUAGCCCUUAUCAGCAGUUAUUUGUUCGGCGGUUCACCCCAUUGGAUCUGAUAGGAGCUAUCAUUGGAACUUUUGCAGCCACUCUCAUUCUUCUUUGUCUGGUAACAAGAUGCAUUCCUCAAUGCUACCACCGAAAAUCUCGUUCUACAAAACACGCUUUGCUGCACUAUGAGAGAAAGCAAGUGAUGGUACCCUUUUCAAAGGACGAAAAGAAUGACACCGAAACUGUGGAGCAGAACCAACUGAGGUCUUCGCAGCAACAGUCAGCCUAUUUUGCUGACGCGGCGACAACGGUGGGUUCGGGGUCGGGUCCUGGAUAUUGGCCGAUUCAAGACUACGCAUACUCGAGUCACGAAUACGACGUACCAGGCAUGACAGACCCCUUGGCAGGAGCUAUGCCCCUGUCUCCGCGGCCCAUGCUCGGGGUCCCCAACGCCACAGGAACUUUGGUUCGCAGAGGACGGCCCAUGUCAACGUCCAGUUUACACCCGAGUGCUGUUCAGACGCCCUACCUUUUCCCCAAAGCUGCCACAUCCACGGCACUCCUCCUACCUCCAGUUGCAACAGUACCUCCACUGGGAGUGGUUGCUUCUCCCUUCCUUUCAUAUGUUACUGUGCCCCAGCCCCCCCUACCAACUCAGCAGCCUCCUGUUUACUUCAGUCAUAAUCAUCACUUGUCUUUGAGUACACUUCCGAAUGGGCAAUUGUUCAUGACCCCUACCAUGACCCGGAAUGCAAAUGACAUGACCUCGAAGCAGUCAGGAGAACCCGAGGGGGUUGCGGGAAGCAGUACAGCCAGCUGUAACUCGGACAGGAGUGCCGGAGAACGACUUCUGGGCGCUCCCGGGCCUCCACAGUAA